AUGGCCUUUGGCCUAAUGGGGCAGGGCUCACUGCCUCACUGGCUCAACCGCUCAGCUCUAAAUUGGAUUGGGGAGGAAGAGGAAUUCAUAGCCAGCCUUCCUUGUCUCUCGGUGCUCGGAGAACCCAUCGAGCAGCUGACGCAGCACGCGGCCGAGCCAAGCAGCGGCGCACCAGGUGUUCAGGACAAGAACACGUCGCCUCUGCUCGAAGAGAUCGCGGUGCCAUCCGUCGCCGAGCUAGCGUACACCGGUGUCAGGUUCUGCCCGACGGUCGGCGACCUCUCCAUGGUCGACUUCUGCCCGGCCACCGCGACGCUGCACCUCCCGGUGAUCGGCGUCGACGUCAACAGCGAGGUGGUGUUGCGGAACCUGGUGGCGUACGAGGCGGCGGCGGGCCUCGGGCCGCUCGUCCUGGCGCGCUACGUGGAGCUGAUGAACGGGAUCAUCGACACCGAGGAGGACGCGCGGAUGCUGAGGGAAUGCGGCGUCGUGCUGAACCACCUCAAGAGCGACCGGGAGGUGGCCGAGCUGUGGAACGGCAUGACGAGGUCCGUGAGGCUGACGAGGGUGCCCGCGCUGGACAGGGUCAUCGACGACCUCAACAGGCACUACGGCAGCUGCUGGAAGGUGAGGGUCAGGACGUUCGUGAAGGCGCGCGUCCUUGGCUCCAGGGAGCUGCUCGCCUGUGUCGCCGUGCUCUUGCUCUUCCUUUUCGUUGGCCUCCAGGCGUUCUGCGUGCUUCGUGGCUGCGUCCCUGUCUCGUACGGGAUGGCCAACAGAAAAUUUGGCGUCUCAUGA